AAUUAAGAGUAUUGAAGACAAUCUUUUUAUUUCUUUCAAAUUAAAAACAUGUAUAAGUCUAAAAUAAUUACGUCAUUAUUCUAUUUAUCCAUAAAAGUGUUAAUUAUAGUAUCAUUAACCUCACAAAAGGCUGUAGGGUGAAGAAAUAAAUUGAUCUAGAUGUCUACCGAUGUCCAUUUGUGAUUAAAUAAUUCCAGGAAAGUUUUUUGUUUGCAAAAAAUAAAAAAAAAGUCUGCUUCUGCGUUUAAGUAAUGUAUGAAAGGGUGAGAGGGGAUAUUGUUGCAAGUAAAUUGGUCCAAGUGCUGACUAUCACGCAAGAAGGGUGUGCGCACACGGGUAGAUUGGACUGGAUAGAUACAAGUAAGUUGUGCAUUGGAAUUUUGUGAGUGCGUGCAGUUAUUUGUGGAUAAAUAGAAUCAAUAGCAUCGCGUGCACACUAACGACUGUCAACAGCAAAAAAGAUCUAGCUGAGGAAGUCAAUCGUUACUAAGAGAGCUGGUAAUACCCCGAGAACAGCUAGUAGAGCUUGAGAGUUGUUGCGAACUAAAGUCAGAUAAACAUAAACACUGUGGUGAAAAUAACUACUCCAAAUAUAACAAGACCUGCAGAGAUUUAAUUAAUAAUUUCUACAUUCCGGUAAUGUCGAAGUGGUUGAAAAGUUCGACCGUAAAUCAGUAUAUUAAUCAAAACACAAUCAUUGAAUUGGAAAGUCUAGACUCAAGAAAGAGCGCGACAGGAAAUGUCUUACAGUGAUGGCGGGCGCUCGAUACGUAAAUCCGGCUCCAAAUCGCCGAAAAAAUUACGUGUGACAAAAUUAGAGAAUAGUGAUCGAACAACGACAACGAUUAACUACGGAAAUCAUCAUCAUCAUCACCAUCAUCAUCGUCAUAGUUAUCUAGAUAAUCCACAACCGUCUGUCCAUAAACGUAAUCUAUACAUCGUUUCUUUUCCCCUCAUACUCGUCUUCAAUCUAUUAAGAAACCUUCUUUAUCAGCUGUUUAUUGUUUUCAAAUAUUUAUAUGCAUCGACAAAUCACCUGAUACAAAAAAGAAAGGCUACUAAAGGCCAGUGUCAAUUGGAAAUUAUUGUUAGACCUGAGACAAAUGAUUUGUUAGCUGUUCCUGGUGAUCAAGAAAAUCCUCAAGUCAUGUCUCAAGUUUCACGAAGACCUGCAGGUCCAGGUCCUGCUGAUCCUUUGCUUGCCAAACAAAAACAUCAUCAUCGAAGAGCCUUUGAAUUCAUUAGUAAAGCAUUAAAAAUUGAUGAAGAAAAUGAAGGACACAAAGAAAUGGCUAUUGAAUUAUACAAAAAAGGUAUUGGAGAGCUGGAAAAAGGUGUUGCAGUUGAAUGUUAUGGCGGUAGAGGAGAAGUUUAUGAAAGAGCUCAAAGAUUGCACGAGAAAAUGCGAGCUAAUUUAGCAAUGGCCAAGGAUAGGCUAGACUUUCUGGCAAAUUUUUGUACGCUGAAAAAGCUGGAUAUUACUACAAAUAAGUGUCGUGGAAGUGAAAAAUCCUCUGAAGACUAUUCUCAAACUCAAACAUAUCCAAGGAUAAGGAAAAAUACUCAUAUUUUACGUACAAAUGAGUCUCUAACGGAUGCCAAUAAAUCUUAUAACCAUACAAACAUUAGUUCUAAUAACGGUACACAAACACAAAUAUCUAAAAUAUCGCAAAGACCAAAGUCUCCAAAAAUUAGUCACACCCGUGCACCAGAAGCAUCGGGAAGAAAACUGACAGUUCCAGGCAAAAGAAUACCAGGUGGAGUAUUGAGUAAAAGUCAAACAUUGCCAAGAAGUAUGGGAAGAUCAACCCCAAGUCUUGCUUGUCACAGAACAACACCAAUCAAGCCUUCUGGAACUCCUCCAUCAAUUAAAAGACAGUUAUCAAUACCGGGAAGUGGUUCUCCAAUCAGAAGACCUGGAACUCCAGGAGGAUCCAACAGCAAUCGUGGAACUCCAUCGAAGAAAGUACCAAUGUUGAAAGGAGUUGACCCCAAACUAGCACAAGUUAUUUUGGAUGAGAUUCUUGAAGGAAGUGCUGCAGUUCAAUGGGAAGAUAUUGCAGGUCAAGAAGUUGCUAAACAAGCAUUGCAAGAAAUGGUUAUAUUACCAUCUCUCCGACCUGAACUUUUCACAGGAUUACGUACUCCAGCCCGAGGACUUUUAUUAUUCGGACCUCCUGGAAAUGGAAAAACUCUUUUAGCUCGAGCUGUAGCUACUCAAUGUCAAGCGACAUUUUUUUCAAUCUCUGCUGCAAGUUUAACUUCCAAAUACGUUGGAGAAGGCGAGAAAUUAGUCAGAGCUCUUUUUGCAAUCGCUCGAGAAUUACAACCUUCAAUCAUAUUCGUUGAUGAGGUUGACUCUUUGCUUAGUGAAAGAAGAGAUAAUGAACAUGAAGCGUCGAGAAGAUUAAAAACAGAAUUCUUGGUAGAGUUUGAUGGUUUGCCAUCCAAUCAUGAUGAACGUGUGCUAGUGAUGGCAGCGACCAAUCGACCACAAGAACUGGACGAAGCUGCUUUAAGGAGAUUUACUAAGAGGGUUUAUGUAACUUUGCCAGAUCUUCAGACACGAAUUACACUUUUGAAGAGGCUCCUUGCCAAGCAUAAUAAUCCAUUGAGUCCGGAGGAACUUAAGAGAACUGCUGUUCUUACGGAAGGCUACUCUGGAAGUGAUUUAACUGGGUUGGCUAAAGAUGCUGCUCUUGGUCCCAUAAGAGAAUUGAAUCCAGAACAAGUUAAAGCCCUGGAUUUAAAUCUCGUUCGUAACAUUACGAUGCAAGACUUUUUGGAAUCAUUGAAAAGAAUUCGACGUUCAGUAUCACCAUCAAGUCUAGCAGCAUUUGAAAAAUGGAGUUUAGAAUAUGGAGAUGUAAGUCUUUGAUUUUUAAAAGUGCCCUCCUGAGGGCUUUAACCACCUCAAAGAGAAAACGCAUUGACAUUUUUAAUUACAUUAAGCGUUGAAGAUGAAAUUCUGAUGGACUGUAAGGCAUUAUUUUGUUAUCGAUUACGUCUACAGCAUACACAGACGUAAGAGGUUUUUUAAAAUGAAAUUAGCGAUAAAGCGAAAAGAAAAAAAAAAAUUGAUAAUUAAAUUAUCGUUUAUAAUACUUACAUUAAAAAUGAGAAGAGUUAGUAAGAAUACUCGACAGUAGAAAAUAAAAUAUUUCGAUUCCGUCAGCUUUACUGCAGGAUUUUUCAAAAGACACUUAGGUAACAUUGAUUACAAAUAAUAUACACAAUUAUGAAUGCAACCAUGCACGUCCAGAAUGAUAAUAAAAAAAAAAAAAAGAACAUAAAAUGGAAAUAGUCACCUAUCUAGUCGUAGAUUUUAAUAAUUCACAUGUACAAACCAAACAUAUAUCAAGAUAAAUAGUAACAAUAGAUAAUAAGUAAUGAAAAAAAACAAGAGAGGAUAACAA